AUUAGAGAUGUCCUUCCUGAUUGUGGCAGAGUGCUGCUACUCAGCGAUGAAAGCCUCGCCCUUUUUCUUGCUCUAAUGGGGUUUUAAGUACACCCCUUUAUGGAUGAUAAUGCGGAGUAAUGGUGAAAAGUCUAGGAGUCUGCCAGACAGCUCUGUGUAGCAAUCUAGUGGGAAAUUUAGCCCAGAGCAUUGGGUUUCCUGUUAGUGUGGAGCGUUUACGUGUCAAUUACAAAACAUCAAUCUUUAAUCUUCCCUUUAAUUAUAUGCUAAGCUUGCAGCCUGUGAGAACCUAUGCUUCUGUUUCAGACACACAUGUCGUAGUGAGCUGCCAACUGUGUGUGUACACUUUCAGUAGUGUGGUCCUAUCAACUUCACAAGUGUUGCAGCUGAUCUGUGAUGAAGGGAACCCGUUUGGAUGUAUUUGAGGUCCCUUUGGGGCCUGCAGGGACUUGUGGGAGGAUGACCUGAUUUCUAAUUUUCUCCUCUCCUGCCUGGGCUCUGGGCGAGUCGUUUCUACCAUACAGAAGCCUGAAAGGAGUGUGAGACGAUGAGCUGUUCAGAACCACGUUUCUUCUGGAAUAUGGACUUGUUUUUACUGUAUUUGUGGAUUCUCUAAAUGGAUACAGGUGUGGCUUUAUUUCAUCCUCAUUAAAAUUAGGUGAGCAGCAAUGGCUAACCUGCAGCAGGAAUACCCUGAAGUCCUCCUGGGCAUCUUGGAGGAAUUGGCCAAUAUGCGGCAGUGGUUGACAUUCCAGGACCUCUGUCGUAUGGUCAGCACUCGCUUUGACCUAGACAACCUCGUUGAGCUCAGGAGUUUGUUGUUUGCUGCUGCCAGCAGGGACCCCUGUUUUCCAGCUACUUUAUUCAGGGACCGGGUCUCCACCAGAGGGCAAGGGCUUUCACCUAUAGGAGUCGCUGCAGACAUAGUAACCAUCUUCAAUCUCAUUCAGAUGACAGGUGGGGUCUCUGAUGAUAGCCACGCAAUAAGAGCCCAGACGGUCCUGCCUGUGGACCAAUCCCCGGGCCCCGUUCUGCCUGGUUUACACCCCCUGAAUGUUUCUGGUCAAGAACGAGCACGUGCCCACUCCGAGUCCAGUGGAAGGUCUAUCGAUCAACACUUGCUCUUUCCGAAAUUUAAUUACUCAGCCCGCAAACGAGCAAGUCUUCCCCCGGAUCCCCUCUCAUUUGUGCCUUCCCCUCCCAUCAGGACGAGGGCUGUGUCUUUUGACUUGCCUAACACCACACAUUCAUACCCCAGCAGUCCAAAUCUCAAUGAUGUUAUGAAGAAUAUCUACCUGCCUCUGGAGACAGACAGUGAGUCUAGCGGAGAUUCUGCCACAAUGGACGUGCUUGAUGGUGAACAAGGAUCAUCAGUUGACCAGAGGAGAAAUAUCUUCAAGAAAGACUUCCAUAACCAACCUCCUCUAAUACCACAAGUGACAGUGAACAGCGAGUCUCCCAGUCCCAAAGCAGGACACGCAGGCUUCGACAAUCACAGCUUUGAAAUGAUCCCAAAUCCUUACCCGUCGCCGUCUGCAGUUCACCUCUCACCAGAGCAACGGCGCAAAGCUAAGCAUGAGAGCUUUGAUGAUUUACAGGACUCAACUUAUUUUGGACCGGGCUCAGUCCCAGAUUCAUCCCCCCGGCACCUUCGACCACCCAAGACACAAAAGGCCCUCUGGAGUAAUAAGAGUCACAGCUUAGAAGACCGGAUAGGUGUGGGCAGCAUGGACACGGGCAUGGAAUCACAAGCCGGACAACUUCCAAGGCGAUCUACUCCAACUAUCAGCAAUCUGGGGGCUACUUCGGGAGGGGAGAGUGCCAAUAGUGGAUUGCCAAGUGUUGGCGAACUGGUAAAGGCACAGGGAACACAGACUGACCUACCAGACCCCCGGAGACUCCGUAGCUUGGUUCAUGCCGAUCGCUUCUCCUUCAUGACCUCAUUGGACGACCCUGAGUUUUGCGAGGAUGACAUUAGUGCAAUCUUUCGUUUCUUAGAUGACAUAAGCAUGUGUGGGUCUACGGGAGUCCUACACCCAAGCGACAGCACCGCUAAUCAGGACACCCCAGAGGGCAGACGCGGUCGCUUAGGUCAGCUCCAAAGACUGUUCCACUCGCUCGAAAGCAGCGACGAUGGGUUAAAGGCCAGUGUGUGCAAGUUGUUACUUCGUAUGAGUCAAAUAGAAAGACAGCUGGAGUCGCUGAACGAUGUGAAGUCUGAGAUUUCUCAGGUACUUUCUGCUUUGCACAGACUGGAUGAAAAGAUCCAGCAGCCGAUUAUUGGUGGUGGGCAAAGCACCGGUGGUAGGUGGCUGGAGCCUCUCAGUGGAGUCUCCUCUUUUAUGAGCCACCCUCUGACUCCCUCAGAGUCAUCAGAGCCUCAGCCGCUGUCUGCUACUGGACACCUCUUUCCUGGGACCAGCACUAGUAGUCUGGACUGGAGCCGAUGGAACACCACUGGGGACCAAACAGAGAGCAGCAAAGGUCAGGCGGAUUCUAAAGGAACAAAAGAAGGAAAGAAGGAAGCAUCAUCCCGUCGUGCCUCCAAAACCCAGCUUGACGACAAAAGCCUCUCUGACACAAAACAGAUGAAUAUCACAAACUCGGCAAAAGAUUGGGCUGUGUCCUUCUCGAAGACUAAAGAUGGAAAAUUGUCGCAAAGAAAAAUUGGAAAGGGAGAUCAGUCAGACAGCACCACUAAUCUGCUCUCCCAAAAGUCCACCAGCGUGGUGGAACAGGUGCUUAACUCGUCUCUGUUUCAUCACAAAGACAGCAGUCUGAUGGGGGGUCUUGGUUCUGGCAGGGUCGUUGACCCUAGGCUGGCGGAGGGAAGGGGCAGACCCAUAUGGACUGUGGAUGAAAGAGAGGCUCGAAUCUCUCCUUUGGACUUGCAGGGCCAGGAGUCGCUGAACCCUAACAACAUGGAUUUCUGGGUGGAUGACAUCUACACUCCAGGCUAUGACGCGCUGCUAAGGCGAAAAGAGGCUAACCUCCGUCGCCUCAAGAUCUGCAAGCUCCUCGCGCUCAUUGCCACUGCGGUGACAAUCAUCCUCAUCAUUGUCAUUCCCAUUUGCACCAUGGCUUCAUGAGCACCCUCGCAGACACACCAAUGCCCUUCUUUUCCACAUUCUAUUUGUUUAGCUGCUUUCGGCAUCGAUUUGCUGUAUCCUUGAACAUGCACGACAAUUAAUGUAACAGAGACUGCAACACUUGAACUCAAAAUCUGGACUCUUGGUACCUCUUUGCAUUUGUUAGCAUGAUGUGUCGGUAUUUAUUAUAUCAGGAAACAGGAGGAAUUGAACCACAACCAUAAAUUAUUUCUCAUUCCAUUUCCCCCAUUUUUUUCAUUUGUUUAUUGAUAAAUGUUCUGUUUCAGGUAUCUGCACAAGGAAGAUACUGUCCAAAAUAUAUCUGACAAAUGUGUUAAAUACAGUGAUACUGAGCCAAUUCACAAGUGUCAAAUUUCUCCAACUUUCAUUUUUCUUUCACUCUUUGAUAAACACCACUGUCAGUUGUGAUUUAGUCUCAGCAGCACUCAGCACUGCCUGAUUUGUUCUUGCUGCUCCCUUGAGAACAAUACAGGGCUAAUUUCACUUUCAUUAGUAGAUAAAGAUCUAAGUAGUUUAUUGGAUUGGUUUGUGUGCACAGGGGGUGUUUUCAUUUGAUUUAAAUGUUCUUAUACUUCUUUUAAAUGAAAAUGCACACUGUUCAAACAAGUUGUCAUCAAUAAAAGUCAUAUUUUUAUAGAGU